UCGAGUACGGCGUCAGCCUCGCUGCGCCUUUCCCGUUUCGGCAAUUUCCCAUCCCCCUUCCUUUAUGUCUCCUCCCCUUCUCCUCGUUGAGUUGAGAAUGUAGAGCGCUACGAUGCUCGUUCUCUCUCUGUGAUCUCUGGCGUUGUCUUGAGCUUGGAAUGGCAAUGGAAGAGAGGAGGAAGGAGAUGCUACGCUUCUUGGUUUCAAUGGCGUUUCUGUUGGCCUUCUUCCCGGCCGUUUCCUCGUUCUCAGAUGAAGGGAGGGCUUUGAUGGCGCUGAAGGCGUCGUUCAGCAACGUGGCCAACGUGCUACUGGACUGGAACCCCGUCGCAGCCGGCGGCGACGCCAACCGCAGCAGCGACGACCACUGCGCAUGGAGAGGCGUCGUCUGCGACAACCUCACCUCCGCCGUCGUUUCCCUGAACUUAUCGAAUCUAAACCUGGGAGGGGAGAUCUCGCCCGCGGUUGGGGAGCUGAAAAGCUUGCAAUCCAUAGAUUUGAAGGGGAACAAGCUCACAGGGCAAAUCCCGGACGAGAUUGGGGACUCUGUUUCUUUAAGACAUCUGGAUUUAUCUGGGAAUGCACUCUAUGGGGAUAUUCCCUUUUCGAUAUCCAAGCUGAAGCAGCUCGAGGAAUUGAACCUGAAGAACAACCAGCUGAUAGGCCCAAUUCCUUCAACAUUGUCCCAAAUCCCAAGCCUCAAAACUCUGGACUUAGCCCAGAACCAGCUUACUGGAGACAUACCUCAGCUUAUUUACUGGAAUGAAGUGCUGCAGUACCUAGGCUUACGUGGUAAUUUGCUCUCUGGAACUUUAUCGCCCGACAUGUGCCAAUUGACCGGCCUGUGGUAUUUUGAUGUGAGGGGCAAUAACCUCACUGGAACCAUUCCAGAUAGCAUAGGAAACUGCACCAGUUUUGAGAUCUUGGAUAUAUCAUACAAUCAAAUCACUGGAGAGAUUCCUUACAAUAUUGGUUUCCUGCAAGUGGCUACACUGUCCCUUCAAGGAAAUAGACUCACAGGGAAGAUUCCAGAGGUGAUCGGCCUCAUGCAAGCUCUUGCAGUAUUGGAUUUAAGUGAAAAUGAACUGGUUGGAACCAUUCCUCCGAUACUUGGCAAUCUGUCCUACACGGGCAAGCUAUACUUACAUGGAAACAAGCUUACUGGACCAAUCCCUCCAGAGUUGGGAAACAUGACAAAACUUAGCUAUCUGCAACUAAAUGACAACAAGCUAGUAGGUACUAUUCCAGCUGAGCUUGGAAAACUUGAAGAGCUGUUUGAAUUGAAUCUUGCCAAUAACAACCUCGAGGGUCCUAUUCCCCAGAAUAUCAGCUUGUGCACUGCAUUGAAUAAAUUUAAUGUGCAUGGUAAUAGGUUGAAUGGUUCUAUCCCAUUGCAGUUCCAGAAGUUAGAGAGCCUGACCUAUCUGAACUUCUCAUCAAACAACUUUAAGGGCAAAGUUCCCUGGGAAUUAGGCCGAAUUAUCAAUCUUGAUACCCUGGAUCUCUCGAACAAUCAUUUUUCUGGUCCCAUUCCUGAUUCUAUUGGGGAUCUGGAGCACCUUCUUGAGCUGAACCUAAGUAGAAAUAAUCUCAAUGGGCCCCUCCCAGCUGAAUUUGGGAAUCUGCGUAGUGUUCAAACCAUUGAUAUAUCUUACAACAAGCUGUCUGGUCCAAUUCCUGAAGAACUGGGACAGUUGCAGACAAUUGAUACUUUGAUUCUAAACAACAAUGAUCUAUAUGGUGAGAUACCAGUUCAAUUGACCAAUUGCUUCAGCCUAUCUUCCUUGAAUCUUUCAUUUAAUAACUUCUCUGGAGAUGUUCCUCUCUCCAAGAACUUUUCAAGGUUUCCUCAAGAAAGUUUCCUAGGAAAUCCAAUGUUGUGUGGAAACUGGUUGGGAUCCUCUUGUGGACAAGAUCUUCAUGGAUCGAAAGUCACUAUUUCUCGAGCUGCUGUUGUCUGCAUUACACUAGGCUGCAUUACACUGCUAUCGAUGAUGUUAGUGGCAAUAUACAAGUCUAGUCAACCAAAGCAGUUCAUUAAAGGAUCAAACCGAACUGUGCAAGGUCCUCCAAAACUUGUAGUCCUCAGAAUGGACAUGGCAAUCCAUACAUAUGAAGAUAUUAUGAGGAUCACAGAAAAUUUGAGUGAGAAAUAUAUUAUAGGCUAUGGUGCUUCAAGCACGGUCUAUAAAUGUGUACUCAAGAAUUCUAAGCCUAUUGCCAUUAAGCGGCUUUACAGUCAGUAUCCUCAUAAUCUUCAUGAAUUCGAGACUGAACUGGAAACCAUUGGAAGCAUAAGACACAGAAAUCUUGUCAGCUUGCAUGGCUACUCACUUUCCCCACAUGGAAACCUUCUGUUCUAUGAUUACAUGGAAAAUGGCUCAUUAUGGGAUCUUCUCCAUGGCCCAUCGAAAAAAGUGAAGCUUGACUGGGACACACGGCUUAAAAUAGCAGUUGGUGCUGCCCAGGGCCUAGCCUAUCUUCACCAUGACUGUAACCCCAGAAUCAUUCAUCGAGAUGUGAAGUCCUCCAACAUCCUUCUUGAUGAGAACUUUGAGGCACACCUCUCAGAUUUUGGCAUAGCCAAAUGCAUCCCAGCUGCCAAAACUCAUGCAUCAACAUAUGUGCUGGGCACUAUUGGCUACAUUGAUCCGGAGUAUGCUCGCACCUCCAGGCUGAAUGAGAAAUCUGAUGUUUAUAGCUUCGGCAUUGUUCUUUUGGAGCUACUCACUGGGAAGAAGGCUGUUGAUAAUGAUUCUAACUUGCACCAACUGAUACUCUCAAAGGCAGAUGACAACACAGUGAUGGAGGCGGUGGAUUCGGAAGUGUCGGUCACCUGCAUGGAUAUGGGGCUUGUCAAAAAGGCAUUCCAGCUCGCAUUGCUGUGCACAAAGAGGCAUCCAUCCGAUAGGCCUACCAUGCAUGAGGUCGCCCGAGUGCUGGUUUCUUUGCUGCCUGUGCCGAGCUUGAAGCCUGGCUUGGUGCCACAAAAGCCAAUGGACUACGCACACUAUCUAGCUGCUGGUCCAGAUGUAAAGAUUAAAAGGAACCACGACGACAACAGCUCAUCAGAUGGGCAGUGGUUUCUAAGAUUUGGCGAGGUCAUAUCGAAGAAUACUCUUUGACAGUGGAUGAAAGUUUUUGUCACUGAAGGGAAAAAGAUGGUCCCAGUGCAUUUUUGUUGUUUUGGUGGUAACUGUGGAAACACAUACAUCCUUCAUGAGGAUGGGGUCUGAACUUUAAAACUUGUUAAGAUCUCAGAUGGACAGCCUUGGAAACUUGAAGCAGCUAUUUGGCGUCUGUUGUGUUAUGUUAGGUGUAGUGUUUGAAUG